AUGGAGAGGGAGGCCGAGGGUCUUGGAGGGGAGGGUCGGAUGGGAGGGAGGCAGGGAGGAAGAGAGAUUUGGGAGGGAUUUGGGAGAUCAAACACGGAGACCACAUUCCCGAGUUCAUGGGGAGCGCCUCCGAUCCCGAAGAAGCGACGGUCCCCUUCUCCUGGCCUUCAGGAGGCACCCAAGUCGGCCAAACCACCACGGCUCAACCUGGGCGAUAUACUGAAGGCAUUCGGUGAGAAUACCACAGCCCACGGCGUGCCGGCCAUCACUCGCUCCAAACGCGUCGUGGCGAAGUUCUUCUGGCUGGCCGUUUUCCUCAUCAUGCUUGGUCUCUUCUGCUUCCAGGCGACCCUAGUUCUCGUCGAGUACUACGGGUAUCCAUCCACGACUAAAGUCAAGCUGGAGACUGCUCCGUAUCUGAAUUUCCCGUCUGUAACCAUCUGUAAUAUGAACCGGUUCAGACGAUCGAAGCUUGUUGGUACUCGCUUCGAAGGCUUGAUUCAUCUGGAUGGGGGAAUGACAGGGGACGAUGGCACCAUGGACUACGGGUGGUUCUUCGACUGGGACACGGAUUGGUUGGAGGAAUACAUGGAGGAGUACGGAUCUGGAAAUCAGGCGGGGAACAACAGUGCUCCCUCCCAAUUGGUGAAUACUGACUGGUAUCCACCCACAGCAGACGGUCUUGUGGAUACAAACGAUGGAACCUCGAUAGCGAACAGUGAAGCAGAAAUGACGGGAUCAGAUACAACAGGUUCAGAUAUUCCCUCCUUCUUUGAUCCCGACGCCAUGAUAGCCUCUGCCUCAGCCGUAAACUCCGGUGAUGUGACAACGAAAGAAGUCACAUCAGACAACCAACCAUCACACAUUGCACAAUCAACAUCAUCACCUACAGCAGCCAGUGAGGGGUCUACUACCCAAGUAUCUUCCGGAACCACCCAACUACCUGGUUCUACUGCGCAGAUUCAGAGUACCAGCGACGGAGGAGGAGGAACCGGGUCCAGCAGUCGGAAGAAGCGUUCAAUUCGAAACAUACGGGGCACCAGCGGCAGCGGCUCAGGAGGGGAAACCAAUGGAAGCACAUCGGGUUCGGGCGGAGGAACGGGCACCAGCGGCGGAGGAAGCGAUCUCACAGACACUGCUCUUGAAUUAGGUUCCUGGGUCCAGAACGAAUGGAACGAAGGUUAUGACGAUGACCAGUUUGAGUUUCAUUAUGAACAGUUUUACGACUGGGGUGACAUGACGGACCCUAAUGACUGGCAAGGGUUUUAUGAACGGUCUCAGUCUGCGGACUAUAGUGAUUUCUUGGAGAUGGUCAACCCUAGCCGUGCUGAGCUGAGGGACCUUGGACAUGAAGCUGAAGAUCUGAUUCUACAGUGUACAUACGAUAAGAGAAAAUGCAGUUACGAAAAUUUCCAUCAAUUCCAAAACAAGGAGUAUGGGAAUUGCUUCACAUUCAACUACGGAUCGAAACUCUUGGAAAACAUGACCACACACUCUGGGGCACAGUACGGUCUUCAUCUAACCUUGUUUAUCGAGAUGCCUGAGUAUGUGGGUAUUUUAUCACCGGAGGCCGGCGCACGGGUGUCCAUUCACCCUCACAAUGUGCCACCGUUCCCGGAAGAUGACGGCAUUACUGUUGCCCCUGGUAUGUCAACCAACAUUGGGUUGCGACAGGUUUACAUCGAACGGAAAGGGGAGCCCUACAAUCCCAAAUGCCACGUGUUCACAACGGGAUUAUACUCCAGAAAAUCCUGUCUAAAGACAUGCGAACAAUCAGAAAUGUUCAACCGGUGCCAGUGUGUGACCGAUGUACUGCUGGAGAACAAGACUAAGUGCAGCUUUCUCAACCAAACACAACAAACAUGCAAACAGCUGAUCGAAUACCUCGGGGAAGAAGACAAACUGGAGUGCAGUUGCCCUAUAUCUUGCAAUGAAACGUCUUACACCAAGUCAGUCUCAGCCUCCUCCUGGCCCUCCGAACGGUAUGAGGAACAUCUUCAACGGCGCCUUAGAGACAGUAGUUCUGAUGCGGCUAUGAUGUCUGCAAGUGACGAGUCAACGAGUAAAAACCUUCUUCGGGUUCGUGUUUAUUUCGAGGAGCUGAACUACCAGUCAAUCAGAGAGUCAGCCCUCUACACGUUCCCAACCCUUCUGGGCAGUCUUGGUGGUCUACUGGGUCUCUACAUCGGGAUAUCUUUCCUCACUCUGUGCGAAGUCUUCAUACUGAUCUUUGACGUGUGCAGAUAUCUCAUUAAGAAAGCCUUCUGCAAGAACGACAUCUCGCCUUCAUCGUUUAUACUUGUUGAAGAAGUGCGCCCUCCAGAGUACAGUGAGUAGAGAAAAAUGCCAUGUAUACGGAUUACGGAGUAUGCUACAUUUUCAGAAAUAAUCACAGCACGGGCCAUGUCCGAAUUAGCGGCUACAGCUACGGCUACGGCUAAAUUUCUGCAUCGUCAUGCGUUGCGUCCUUAGCAACACACUUAGCCACAGUCGUAACCGUGCUCCAGCCGCCAAUUCGGACAUGGCCACGUUCAAAAUAACAAAAGACGCACGCAUAGCCUUCAUCGAAAGAG